AUGACAUCUAAAUACGAUCUUUUAAUCACAAUUGACCAGUCUACAGGUAUAAAUCCUGGGGUUGGAGACCGUGCAUAUUGCCCAGGUCAAACUAUUAAGGGUACUGUAGAUCUCAAUGUAUAUGAAAAGUUGAAUAUUGAGCAGAUCCAAGUUUCAUUGUUGGGGUUUGAAGAAACGACAUUCGUUCAAGGAACUGGAAGAGAUCCUAGAACCUGGAAAGAAAAGCAUAUCUUUCUCAAGCAUUUUCGACCUAUUUUGCCUAUGAAACCUAACAGAGCGACAUAUAAAUUUGAACAAGAUGACAACAAACAUUCUGCUUACGAGUUUUUGAUACCAGAGUAUUCCAAUUGUGAAACUUGUAGAAGAGUAGAGAAAUUGCCUCCCUCUAUGGAGGAGGCUCAGGCAGUUUCUAGUGGGAAAGUCAUGGCUACAGCUAGCAUCAUCUAUCAAAUUGAAGUAGUUGUGGAACUGAAAGCUAUUGGUAACAUAUUCUUCCACGAGAAAUUUACAGUACAUCCUCUUGCAGCUAUUGGAGAUAACAGAUAUAACGAUAUCAAAAGAAACUACGUAUCUGGUGAGAAGGUGUUCAAAUCCAAGAUUCCAGAUGGUGGUAAUGCAACCAGUAGUCACACUAGUGGCCAGAAGAAAUCUCUGUUUAGACUGAUGUUUAGCUCAUCUGGUGGUAGCCUUUCCAAAUCCUACAACCUUCCAUUAAAGAUUGGUAUCAGGCCCGAGGAAAGCUUUGUGAAGAUAAUUCCAGGAAGAAAUGUCAACAUUCCAUCGACUUCAUUUCUUUUCGAAUAUAUGAAUGAUAUUCUCACCGACCCACCUCUUGUUUCCAGCAGAAACAACACAAGUACAAGACUUGGUCAAUUUAUAAUCAGAUCACUCAAGAUCUCCGCCCGUUAUCCUUAUAUUAAAAUCUUUUGUGCUGGUAAUGACUUUAGUGUCCAAUCUAAAAAAAUGAUCUAUGUCAACAAUACGUUAAAUGUACCCUUUGAUAUCGGAAAUGAAUUCAAAUACAAUUCUUCUACAAAUACUUUUCAAAAAGAAAUGUUACUUUUGGAGGAUAUCACUGGCCAUAUGAUUGAUAUUCCCUUGGAUUCAUACCAAGCAGAGUUCCCAUUGCAUUGUAAUCAUAUAGCAAGAAUGAAGGGAGCAUUGGAAUUUGCUAUUGGUUUGGUCACUGCAGCAGAUCUGGAUGCCAAACCGGAAUACAUAACUGUUACAGUUCCAUUUGACUUCAGAGGAGUUGAAGAAGAGUUUCAAGCUCCUUCGGAGCCUUUGCCAAAUUUCUCUGACUUGAACAUUCAGGCUCCUCCUGGUCCACCCCCAGGAGACUAUAAGGCUCCACCAGGUCCACCGCCGGGAGACUCUAAGGCUCCCUUGGGACCCCCUACUACAAACGACGACCAUAAGGCGCCUGUGGGCCCCCCUCCAAAUCACAGUGAAUAUUCGGCACCAUCUGGACCUCCCCCUACUUCAAGCACUGAUGAUAAAUCGGCCACAGGAUCUGAUCCGUCAGACUUUGCUUCUCCAGCUGGACCUCCUCCAUCUGCACCAUUGCGCAAUCAGACGGAUACUUUAAUUGAUUUAGAUUCAACAGGUGAGGCGCUCCCUACGUAUACAGAAAUGAAGAAGUGA